AUGUUUGUUUAUUUUUCUCUAUUAACAGAUGAAUUUCAUGAACAGUCUACAAUACAAUUUUACAAUAAAGUAUCACAAACACGUAAACGACGUAAAACUCGUACAACUUUUUCUAAUUCUCAAUUAAGUGAAUUAGAGAAUAAUUUUCAUCGUCAAAAGUAUCUGACACCAUCCGAUCGGGAUCGAAUUGCUAAACAUUUAGGAUUAACUAAUACACAGGUUAUUACAUGGUUUCAAAAUCGUCGAGCUAAACUGAAAAGAGAAGCUGAAGAACUUGAACGCGAUGUAAUGGCUUUAAGAAAACAAAAACAACAAAAAUUCAAUUGUUUUUCAUUACCUGUUCAUGAAGAUGACGAUGAUAAUGAUGAUGAAGAGUCAGGAGAGGAUGAGGAAAAAUGUCACAAAGAUGACUGUGAUGAAUUUAUACAGGUACAGGCGAAUCAUUCAAAACUUUUAACACAAGCACUUACAUUGUCACGAGUGUCAUCCACCUCUAUACCAAUGAGGGAUUCAUUGGAUGGCAGACGCAGUGUACUUAAUCCUUCUCAUAUAAGUCGUCCGAAUGCAUUCAUUGGUUCAACGGCGGAUGAAAGAACACGACAAACAGAAUCAAGCAUAUCACUUGAUUAUAACAGAAUGAAUAAUGAAAAUUAUUUUAAAAAUUUCCAUUUUCAUGAAAAACAAAUUCCUUUACUUACUCUUAAAAAUAACGAUAGCACUGACGAUGUUUACCAUGGUGAUAAUGAUAGAAACAAGCAAAGAUCAUUUGAAAAAUCGAAUCAAAUAUGGUGUCCUGCAUUAGAAUUAGAACAAGAAAGUAGUUAGGCAACAUUUCUCAGCCUUGUACUUACUGAUUAAUAAACAGUUUCACUUCUUUUAUGUUUUCAUUGUAAAAAAUACUGAAGAAUGAACCAAUUCAGAU